AUGCCUCGUCCCAGAACACUGCUGCUUCUCCUCGUCACAGUCUUCGUCGUCGCUUGCCGGAGUGCCGCUGAAUCCAUCGGCGAUGGGAGGCAGGUCUACAUCGUGUACCUGGGACACCUACCCAACACGGAUGCAUCCGAGCCUGGAGGUUUCUCUGCUGUUGAGUUUGCUCAUCAGGACCUGCUGAACCAGGUCCUCGACGACGACAGCUCUGCUUCAGAGAGAAUCCUUCAUAGUUACAAGAGAAGCUUAAAUGGCUUUGCUGCCAAGCUAAGCGAAGAAGAGGCACAUAAACUGUCUGGCAUGAAGGCUGUUGUCUCAGUCUUCCCAAGUAGGACCCUUAAGCCUUUGACCACAAGGUCCUGGGACUUCCUAGGCUUCCCUCAAACGCCCAAGGAAGAGCUACCACUGCAAGGAGACGUCAUCAUCGGUAUGCUCGACAGCGGUGUAUGGCCUCACUCGCCAUCUUUCUCUGACGAAGGUUUUGGUCCACCGCCGAGCAGGUGGAGGGGUACAUGCCACAACUUCACGUGCAACAAUAAAAUCAUUGGAGCUCGGGUCUACGGCAUCGGACUGAAUGACAGCGCCGGCUUGUCGCCGCUGGACAAGGGUGGCCACGGCAGCCACACAGCAUCAAUCGCGGCCGGCAGAGCAGUGCACAACGUGAGCCUCGGUGGCCUGGCUGCCGGCACUGCCCGUGGUGCCGUGCCUGGCGCCAGGCUCGCCAUCUACAAGGUGUGCCACGGGGGCUGCCACGACGCCGACAUCCUGGCUGCCUUUGACGACGCCAUCGCCGAUGGCGUCGACAUCAUCUCGUUCUCCAUCGGGGAUGUGGUCCCGUCACAGUACUUCAUGGACGCCGGCGCCAUCGGCUCCUUCCACGCCAUGAGGCAUGGUGUUCUCACUUCCGCCGCGGCCGGCAACUCCGGGUUGUAUGGCGGCCAUGUCAGCAACGUUGCGCCCUGGAUGCUGUCCGUUGGGGCAAGCGGCAUCGAUCGUGGGUUCGUCGACAAGAUUGUCCUUGGGAAUGGCAGGACUAUAGUGGGAGCCUCCAUUAACACCUUCCCGCCGCUGCAGAAUGCGACUCUUGCGUUCCCUAUCAACGGUUCUUGUGAACCACAAGGUCUGGCCGGUGGUUCGUACAAAGGGAAGAUCCUCCUCUGUCCGGCUAACAAUGGCAGCCUUAACGAUGGCACAGGCCCGUUCAUGGCAGGUGCAGCUGGCGCUGUCAUCGUCGGCUAUAACCCCGACCUUGCCCAAACUGUGAUUCUCCCUGCGCUCGUAGUGACUCAGGACCAGUUUGAUGAAAUCCUGGCCUACGUGAAAAGCAGCAGUAGUCCUGUGGGUACCAUAGACAGCACGGAGACAACGGUCGAUCCUCAAGCUCCCAUAGCCGCCUCCUUCUCUUCUCCAGGCCCUAACCUAAUCACUCCUGGAAUUUUGAAGCCUGAUCUAGCUGCACCCGGGAUUGACAUCAUAGCCGCAUGGACACUCCUGUCAUCGCCGACGGGCGAGCCUGAAGACAACAGGAGAGUCCUGUACAACAUCGAGUCCGGCACGUCCAUGGCAUGUCCACACGCGAGUGGCGCCGCCGCAUAUGUCAAGUCCUACCACCGCGACUGGUCUCCGGCGAUGAUCAUGUCAGCUCUCAUCACCACAGCCACUCCGAUGAACACGCCGGCCAAUUCCGGCUACAGUGAGCUCAAGUACGGCGCCGGCGAGCUCAACCCGUCCAAGGCGCGUGACCCCGGGUUGGUCUACGACGCGUCGGAGGGCGACUACGUCGCCAUGCUGUGCACGCAGGGGUACAACGCCACGCAGCUCGGCAUCAUCACCGGCUCCAACGCCACGUCUUGCGACGACGGCGCCAACGCCGACGACCUCAACUACCCAACCAUGGCGGCUCACGUUGCACCCGGGGAAAACUUCACCGUGAGCUUCACCCGGACCGUGACCAACGUCGGAGCCUCCUCUCCGGACGCCGUGUACGUCGCUAAGGUGCUUCUCCUCAGCGGGCGGCCCGGCGUCUCGGUUAUUGUUUCGCCGGACAGGCUGGAGUUCGACGGCCAGAACGAGAAGGCCAAGUUUGGUGUGUCCAUGUCCGGCGAGGGGCUGGCAGCGGACGAGGUCAUCUCGGCGGCCGUCGUGUGGUCUGACGGCAAGCACGAAGUGAGGAGUCCGUUGGUGGUGUUCACGGUGGAUAUGAGUAUAUGA